CUCUUUUAGGUCACUGGUUGCCAAGUAGGCUAUAUUAAACACAACUAUGCUAUUUACAACUGUUUGACUUAAAGAUAAGUGAACAAUAGCUUCUACUAGUCGAUUAUUGACUAUUGCUCAACUCCGCCCAUCGUGGGUGUGUGUGGCAUUGACGUAACGUCUCUCAACCAACAAAUUUUGGUUCUGUAAUUUAUCCUUGAGUUGUCAUCUCAAACAUGUCGCUUAGCGGGGCUCUGUGGGGCUUGCCGUCGUACUGGUUCGUGCAACAUUCGCUGGUUUUGCUGUUACUCUUCGUCGUCGUGUACAAACUCGUCGUGCUGCUCAUACGGCGGAGGGAAACCUUUCGGAACUUUGAGGCGUUCACGGGACCGCCAGGACAUUGGUUCUUUGGGCAUGUCCUACAGUUUAAACAAGAUGGGACGGACUUGGACCAGAUGGUGAAAUGGGGGGAGCAUCACCCCUACGCUUUCCCGCUGUGGUUUGGCCCCAGUGUCUGUUUCAUCAACAUCCACCAUCCCGAUUACGUGAAGAGCAUACUAACGUCAACAGAGCCGAAAGAUGAUUUUGCAUAUAACUUCAUAAAGACCUGGAUUGGUGACGGCUUGCUGGUGUCUCAUGGUCAGAAAUGGUUCCGCCACAGAAGGCUUCUGACGCCAGGUUUCCAUUAUGAUGUGCUAAAAUCGUACAUAAAAUUGAUGUCAGAGUCAACCAAAACCAUGUUGGACAAAUGGGAGUGUUACUCGAGCACAGGCGAGUCAUUUGAGGUGUUCAAACACGUCAGUCUCAUGACGUUGGACAUCAUCAUGAAGUGUGCAUUCAGCUACAACAGUAACUGUCAGACUGAGAGCGGAACAAACGAGUACAUAAAAUCUGUGUAUGAGCUCACUCAUUUGAUCAACCAUCGCUUCCGGAUCUUUCCUUACCAUAACGACCUGGUAUACUACCUCAGCCCACAUGGCUUCAGGUUCAGGAGAGCCUGCAAGGUGGCUCACAAUCACACAGAGGGAGUUAUAAGAAAGCGAAAAGAAGCCCUGAAAAAAGAGAAAGAGCCCGGAAAUGUCUCAACCAAACGGAUCUUGGACUUUCUGGACAUCCUCCUCUUGGCAAGAGAUGAGAAUCAGCGAGGACUUUCAGAUGAAGACAUCAGAGCUGAAGUGGACACCUUCAUGUUUGAGGGCCAUGACACGACCGCUAGUGGCCUCUCCUUCAUCCUCCACACCCUUGCCUGCCACCCGGAACACCAGAAGAUAUGCAGGGAGGAGAUCACCCAGGUCUUGAGUGGCAAGGAUGCCAUGGAGUGGGAGGAUCUGAGCAAAAUGCCAUACACCACAAUGUGCAUCAAAGAAUCACUGCGACUAUUCCCGCCUGUGCCGGGAAUGGCCAGAAAACUCACCAAACCGAUCACGUUCUUCGAUGGAAGGACUUUGCCAGAAGGUUCUCUCGUGGGAACAAGUGUGUAUGCGCUUCACAGGAAUGGAACAGUUUGGGAAAACCCAAAUGUAUUUGACCCACUUCGCUUCCUGCCAGAGAACACUUCCGCCAGGUCACCACAUGCAUUUGUGCCUUUUUCUGCUGGCCCCAGGAACUGUAUCGGUCAGAACUUCGCCAUGAAUGAGCUCAAAGUGGCGGUAGCUUCGACACUGAUGAGGUACCAGCUGAUUGAGGACCCUACGCAGAAGCCCAAGAUUAUCCCUCGACUAGUGCUUCGCUCACUGAGUGGCAUCCACAUAAAGAUCAAAGCUUUGGAUUCUUGAGUCAGUCAAUUCAGUGGUGUUUUAGUACUUUCUAACGUCAAUAUAACCACUACAAUAUGGAGGAGUGGGGGUCACACCCAGGCUCUCAACUCUCCAUGCAUACCACUGCAUUAUUUUUUUCGCAUUGAUUUUCUGCUUGAUUGACUCACUUUUGUUCAUGAUGAUAAAUUUUUCUGCUAAUGGGCAAGCACCUCUUAUCAACACAUUAAAUAUGUUGAAUGUCUUGAUUUUUUUGUUUAAUUAUAAUAGGAAUGAAUUAAGUAAUUCAUGACAAACAAUGCACUUUUCUUUGCACUACAACCAGGAAUGUAAUAAUAUAGCACAUUGAUUUGUAAUAAAAUGGGCAUGUGUAUCAAUGCAAGCAAGUGU